AUUAGAUCAUACAUCAGGUCUACCGAUAGGCUCAGCACAAGCCAUCACCCUGUUCUUUGUCCAGAAACAAAGCUGACCAUCUCUCCCAAACUUUUCUUUCUCACUCUGGAGCAUCUUUGCGCAUCCUCUGUCCGUCCUCCUCCUCCUCCUUGAAGAACACGCCCCAGCAGCCUCCAGCCUCCAGCACACAGCAGCAGCAGCAGCAGCAGCAGCAGUGAAUCUCCGCUCCGCCACGGUGUCGCUCUUGGAGAGCGAUCCAGUCCGACUGGACUUCCCGAACAACUUCUGUCAGAGUUCCGUGGACCUUCGGAGGAAGCAGAGACAACAGAGCCGGGAAGAAACACUCUCUGCCUCCUUGCCUGUGGUUUUCUUUAGCGCUUCUUUCUGACAUCCCGAAUUGACUUUUCAUUUCCUCAUCUGUCCUCCAAUCCGCUCCCGACCUGCGGGGAGCCGCGGCGGUCCGGGUGGUCGGUCUGGACGGGAAGAACAGCCGCCCGGUCCGGGGAAGGAUGCCGUACAGAUACUGGAUCCACAGGUGUGCUUAAACAAGCAUCCAGGUUCAAACCACCCCUCUGGCAGACAUGAGGAUCAAAGGGCUGAAGACGCAGUCCUGAAGAUUGAUGGAGGGCCAUGCUAUUCAAACAGCAGGCACUGCUGAGACAGAAGCUCUUCGUUCUGGGCAGCCUCGUGAUUGGAAGUGUCCUCUAUCUUGUGGCCAGAGUUGGGACUUUGGAUAGGUUACAACCCAUUUGCCCCAUUGAGAGCAGAUUUCACCCAUCUGAGCCGGAGCAAAUCCCUCUUCGUACGCUGCAGUUUAAACGCGGGUUGCUCCACGAACUACGCAAGGGCAAUGCCUCCAAAGAGCAAAUCCGCCUGCACAACCUGGUCCAGCAGCUGCCUCGGGCCAUCAUCAUCGGCGUUCGCAAGGGGGGCACCCGCGCCCUGCUGGAAAUGCUCAACCUGCACCCAGCCGUGGUCAAGGCUUCGCAGGAGAUUCACUUCUUCGACAACGACAAAAACUACGCCCGUGGCAUUGACUGGUACAGGGGCAAAAUGCCCUUAUCCCUCCCUCACCAGAUCACCAUUGAGAAGAGCCCUGCCUACUUCAUCACAGAGGAGGUUCCCGAGCGCAUCUUCAAGAUGAACUCUUCCAUCAAGCUGCUGAUUAUUGUCCGAGAGCCCACCACCAGAGCCGUGUCCGACUACACCCAAGUGCUUGAGGGCAAGGAGCGCAAGAACAAGACUUACCACAAGUUUGAAAAUCUAGCCAUUGACGCCAACACGUGUGAAGUGAACACCAAAUACAAAGCCGUCCGCACCAGCAUCUACACAAAACACCUGGAGCGCUGGCUCAAGUAUUUCCCUGUGGAGCAGUUCCACAUAGUGGACGGGGAUCGGCUCAUUACGGACCCGCUGCCGGAGCUGCAGCUGGUCGAGCGCUUCCUGAACCUCCCCUCCAGGAUUAGUCAGUAUAACCUGUACUUUAACGCCACCAGGGGAUUUUACUGUCUGCGAUUCAACAUCAUCUUCAACAAGUGCCUGGCCGGCAGCAAGGGCCGCAUCCAUCCUGAGGUGGACCCGUCUGUAGUGACUAAGCUGCAGACGUUCUUCCACCCUUUUAAUCAGAAGUUUUACCAGGUCACUGGAAGAACAUUUAACUGGCAAUGAAAUUUGUCUUUCAUACAAAAAAGAUUUAAAAAAUGAUCUCACAAGGUAUGAACAGCACUUUGUUUAGUUUAAUACAAGUAUAUUGUGACCAAAUAAUACUUGAUGUAAGUUUGCUCUAUGUGUGUAAAAUGCAACACAAUAGUUUGAUGUUUUCAAGUCAGUUUACAUGUCUGUCUGUGUUUCUCCUCCUAAAAAAAGAACAUUUUCAUGCAGUGUGUUUACAAUUACUUGCAAAGUAAGAGUUAGAGAAGCAUAACUUCUUGAGCUCUUCUAGAUUUUGUCAUGUCCCAACCUGUGAAAUGAGUGAAAUCUGAAAAUGUUGGAGUGCAUCUGUAAUCAGAAUCCUUUUUAAACCCCUGAACAGAUUAAAGUGGAACUAAUUAUGCAUAACAACCCUUAUAGAGAUCUGAGAACAAACAGCAUUAUGAGGCCCAACGGACACAGCAGACUAGUCAGGGAGAAAGCACUAAUGGAGUCUAAAGCAGAAUUAGGUUCCAAUAAAGAGAACCUAGGCUUUGAA